AUAGGGAGGUAAGCUUCAAAUAAAAUCUUAUGAUUCUUAUCUCUGUGCUUUUUUAGAAAUGGCAUCUACAAAUAAUGUCAUUCUGAUUCCACUCUAUAUUAUUUCUUUAUAAAGAGGAACACAAGAAGAAUCCAUUUUCAUCGAUCAGUUUCAGAAAAUGAAAAUAUCAAACUUCCAUUUCCAUUUCUUAAUCUUCUCCUCACUUUUCCUAAUCGCACGAAGCUCUCGAAUCGACGAUGUUCCUCCAUCGGAAAACCGCCUCGCCUUCUUCAUAUUCGGCGAUUCUUUUUUCGAUCCUGGAAACAACAAUUUCAUCAAUACCACCGAGGAUUUCCGCGCCAAUUUCACGCCCUACGGCGAAUCUUUCUUCAAAUGUCCGACCGGCAGAUUCUCCGACGGCCGUCUCAUUCCAGAUUUCAUUGCGGAGUAUGCGAAUUUGCCUUUGAUUCCGGCGUAUUUAGAUCCUCGCAACAAACUCUACAUCCAUGGCGUUAAUUUCGCAUCCGGUGGAGGCGGCGCUUUAGUCGAAACUCACCGAGGAUUUGCAAUAGACAUUGAAACGCAACUUAGGUAUUUCAAGAAGGUGGAGAGAUCGAUGAGGAAGAAGCUGGGGGAUUCGAGAGCGUAUAAUUUGUUUUUGAAUUCUGUUUAUAUGUUCAGUAUCGGAGGAAAUGAUUACAUUGUUCCAUUUGAAGGCUCUCCUGUUCUUGAGAAGUACACUGAAACAGAGUACGUGAAUAUGGUGAUCGGAAACACCACGGCGGUGCUCGAAGAAAUAUACAAGAAAGGAGGAAGGAAAUUUGCGUUUGCAGCAGUACCUCCUUUAGGUUGUUUGCCACAUAUAAGAUUGAUGAAAAAGGGCGGCCAUGGAAGCUGUUGGGAUGAAGCUUCAGCUCUUACAAGGCUUCACAAUAAGCUUCUUCCUAUUGCUUUACAGAAACUUGCUGACAAACUCCAAGGAUUCAAAUACACUGUUGCCGAUACCUAUACUCUGCUUCAAAACAGAAUAGACAACCCUUCAAAAUAUGGUUUCAAGGAAGGAAAAAAAGCAUGCUGUGGAAGUGGAGAGUUGAGAGGAAUAUAUAGCUGUGGAGGAAUGAGAGGACAGAAAGAAUUUGAAUUAUGUGAAAAUCCAAAUGAAUAUUUGUUCUUUGAUUCUUAUCAUCCCAAUGAAAAAGCUUAUGAACAGUUUGCAAAGUUGAUGUGGAGUGGAGAUGCCCAAGUCAUCAAGCCUUACAACCUCAAACAACUCUUUCAAUGUGGAUUAUCACAGGCUUGACUUUCACUAUUUUAACACUUUGUAUUUUGUAAUCCAUCUUGCUUAUAUAUUAAUCACUAAAUAAAAGUCUCAAAGUAUACUUUCUCAAA